CUUCUCUACUGCUACUGUCCCUUCCCUUUUUAUGUCACACUCUCCUUCCCUCCCUUACACAGCGACAUCAAAACUAUGAGCGGCGGCGGCGGGUCUGCUAGGGUUCCGAUCCCCAGCCAUUGUCAUAAAAUUAUCCGGAACAUUAGGGAGAUCACCGGCAAGCAGCACAGUGACGAUGACAUAUACGCCGUCCUUACGGAAUGCUCCAUGGAUCCCGACGAGACAGCCCAGAAGCUUUUGUAUUUAGAUACUUUUCAUGAGGUUAGAAGGAGACGAGACCGGAAGAAGGAGAGCUUGAGCAGUUGGGCUUCUGUGGAUUCUAAGCCAAAGCAAGGUGGCCAAGGGAGAGGAGGAAGGGGUGCUUCUGGGGGCUAUUCCUCUAAUUUUACUGAUGGUAGUGGUGGGAGGAAUGCUGUUAACCGUAAGGAAAUUGGAGUCAAUCACGUUGCAGAGAGAGGCCAUGCACCCUCCACUCAGCCUGCUUCACAAAAAACAAAAAGCAAUGGGGCAUCACAUAUCACAAGGGUUUCAGCUGUUGCACCUAGUCCUGCAAAUCAAUGCAAUGGGAGUGCUAGUCAAGGUUUAGCAGGCCAAUUGCUCAUGGGGAGCGUGAAUGGAAGUCCAGCUCUUGAUGUCACUGCCAAACGUGAAAAUACCCAACCUCAUGCUGUGGUCGAUGCAGUAUCUCCCCCUGUUCAGACUUUUAAGUCAGUUACCAGAACUGACCAAGGAAAGCCCAACUCAAGUUCCAAUCAACUUCCAAUUUCUGCUUCAUCUGUGCCCAGUGUUCAUUCUUCUUCAGAUUCUGUUCUGGCACCAUCUAUCUCGAAGAACCCUGUUAUUCACAGUGCAAAUGAUGGGAAAGUUGGGGGCCAAUCGUUAGCUAAUGGAUUGAAUCAUCUUAAUGGAAAUGAAGUUGUUCCUCAUGUAUUUGGUGAAUUACCAGCAUCUGAGAGUGAAAGAUCUGGAUCUUUGAAUUUGACAAACAAUACAAAAACCCCAAACAAGUCAAAUGAAGCUGAGGAGAACCAGUUAUCUGAGGCUGCACAGUCCUCCUCCCCCUCUUAUAAUGGUUCAAUGAGAUCUUCCAGUUGCGGUAGCCAGGCACAUCCAGAGGUUUCAACUUCUGAAGUUUGUAUGCAAUCGUCAGAUGAGUUGAGGCAACAUGUUAUUGUUACUUUUCCGAAUCAUUUCCAAGUUCCUGAGGCUUUAAAAAGUGGUCUGAUAUUUGGAAGCUUUGAUUCUGAUUUCGAUAAGAAGGAGAUGUUUAGCACAACUGGUGGUGACAAUAAUACUUCAUCUGCUCUUCAUCCUUCUCAAGGGAGUGACAAAACUGCUACUUCUAGUAAUCAAAGUCCAUCAUCAACUGCUCCUGGCGAUCAUUCUGAUCAUUCACGUUCUCCAUCUGAUCUUAUUGAAAAGCCAUCAGUUUCAGAAGUUAAUGCUGUCUCUGGUACUGAACCGAAGGCUGGUCAGCUGAAGCAGGAGGCAUUGUUGGCUCCAGUGGCUACACCAAUACCAACUAUUAUGAAUGGUCAGGGCUAUGGUUUGAAUUUCAUGUCCACCAUGUUAGGGACUCAGCAAGUUCAAUUCAAGGGAGCUGAGCCUCAGGCACAAGAAACAACUCGCCCUUCAAACUAUGUUAGUGCAAAUUCGCAUUCUGUCUCUAGCCCAAGCCCAAGCCCUAGCCCAACGCCACCUUUGCAGAGCUCUUUGCCUGCAGCCCCUGCAUCUGUUUCUUUCUUCAGGCCACCAUACCCUCCCAACUUUUUCCCGUAUGGCCCUUAUUACCCCCCAAUUUAUGUGUCCCCAAUACACCAAUAUUUAAACCACAAUGGCUUCCCUCAACAACCAUCAACUGGCAACAUCUACGUACCUGCUGCAGCCGCUGGUAUCAAAUUUCCUCUCCAACAGUUGAAGGCUGGAGCAAAUACUGGAAAUACAACCCAUAUUGGAAUUUCUCCUGGAUCAUUUAUCUCUUCGCCUGUUGGAUAUUCACCUAAUCAGACAGUGAAUUCAGCCAACUUGACUGGAAAUGAAGACCUUGCUAUGUCUCAGUUAAAGGAAAAUCACGUCUUAACAACUGGACAGCUGAGUGAAGGUUCAGCUGUGUGGAUACCUGCUCCUGGCCAAGAAAUAUCCAACUUGCAACUUAAUUCUCUGUAUAAUUUUAACCACCAGGCACAUCUUAUGUACCCCCCAACUCAGGCGGCUCAUGCAUUUGCAGGUAUCUAUCAGCCAGGGCAGACAGUACCUUCACCUUCAACCCUUCUGCAACAGUCUCAGUCUGUCACUGGAUCAGUUGAAACUGCAGGAGCCCCUUCUGUUGCUUAUCAGCAGCCUCAACAUGCGCAGAUGAAUUGGAGUUCUAAUUUCUAGGCUGGAAACAUCUCCGGGUACCAUAUGUUCAAUAGCACGUUUAAUGUGACCAUCUCCAGGUAGUAUGAAGAACAGGCCUGAUCUGAGUGUAAAUAAGAAAUGCGGCCAGAAGAGGGACAAUAUUCAGUAAUAUCUUCAGUUGGAAUAAACAACACUAACGAUUUUGAGGGGUGCUAGUUGCAGGUUUCCUUUUGUUUUUCAGAAAAAAUUGAUUGGGUCGAGUUAUUCCUUACCUAUUCUUUUGGCCCUUAGAAAACAUUUGACUGUUGCUAUAUGUAUGUACUUCCUGCCAAGUGAUGUUAUAGGAAGCCAAGAGUUAAAAUAGAGUAGGUGAGAUUUACCAAAUUUUCCUUUCUAGUAUCUCACCUGUAUAUUACAUUUUGACGGAAGGACAGUGAAUUAUACAGCUCAGUUUAGUACAUGGAAGUUGUGAUAUGUAGUUUUCUGAAGUAACACUGUCGGCCUCCCUGUUUCUCUUGGAUUAAAACAAUGAUUAUAUAUUUGAUGUUAUUUCUCUUGCCUUGGUGGGAGUUCUAAA